CUAUAGAUCCCCAAUCGAGCCAAUUAGCACAAGUGUACAACCUCCUAAAAGGAAGAACAAGGGCGUGGCCUUAAAAAGAGGAUAAAAAUGAACGGCGCCGGCGAAAACACUACUCCGACCACCUUCAAUCAGCACGAACUCCAACAGAACACCGUCAAUCCCAACCCUAACCCUAACAAUUUAUCUCAGCAAUACCAUCUAAUUUCUCCGCAACCACAGACCAGUCGUCGUCCUCGAGGUUUCGCCGUCACCGGCGGAAAUUCCUCCGGCAUCGGAGAUGGCAAAGGUAGGAGAGAGAGAGAGAAAGAAAAGGAGCGAACUAAGCUUAGAGAGCGCCAUCGCCGAGCUAUUACUAGUCGCAUGCUCUCUGGAUUGCGCCAAUACGGCAAUUUCCCCCUUCCUGCUCGUGCUGACAUGAAUGAUGUAAUCGCCGCUCUCGCUCGUGAGGCUGGUUGGCUUGUUGAGCCUGAUGGCACCACGUAUCGCGCUUCUCCUCCUCCCAUUCAAUUGGGAGGGCUUCCUGUCAGGUCAUCUGAAAGUCCACUUUCUGCUACUUCUCCCAAGAAUUGCUCUAUGAAAGCUCCAUUAGACUGUCAGCCGCCUGUUUUUGGAGUUGAUGAAACUUUAUCACCAGCAUCUUUUGAUUCUGCCGUAGUUACAGAGAUGGAAACAAAAAGCGAGAAGUUCACGAGUACCAGCAAUAUCGACUCACCUGAAUCUUUGGAGGCACAUCAGUUGAUACAAGAUGUUCAAUCAGAUCUGCAUGAGAAUGAUUUCACUGGAACCCGGGUUCCUGUGUACAUUAAGCUUUCAAGUGGCAUCAUCAACAGUUACUGUCAGCUUGUUGAUCCCGAAGGCAUUAGACAGGAGCUAAAGCAUCUGAAAGCAUUGAAUGUGGAAGGUGUCGUUGUAGACUGUUGGUGGGGGAUUGUUGAAGGAUGGAAUCCACAGAAGUACAUCUGGUCGGGAUAUAGAGAGUUAUUCACAAUCAUCCGAGAACUUCAGCUGAAAAUGCAGGUUGUAUUGGCGUUUCACGAGUAUGGAGGAAGUGAGUCCGGUAAUGUAUUCAUCUCACUCCCCCACUGGAUUCUGGAGAUUGGGAAGGACAACCAAGACAUAUUCUUCACAGAUCGUGAAGGACGGAGAAAUACUGAAUGCAUAUCAUGGGGCAUUGACAAGGAGCGAGUAUUAAGAGGAAGAACUGGUAUAGAGGUUUACUUCGAUUUCAUGAGAAGCUUCCGUUCGGAAUUUGAUGAUAUAUUUGGUGGUGGUUAUAUCACUGCUGUGGAAAUUGGUCUUGGAGCAUCUGGGGAGCUAAAAUUUCCUGCUUUCCCAGAAAGGUUGGGAUGGAGAUAUCCUGGUAUCGGUGAGUUUCAGUGUUAUGACAGAUACUUACAACAGAAUCUGAGGAAGGCUGCAAAACUGCGUGGGCACUCGUUUUGGGCAAGGGGCCCCGAUAAUGCAGGGCACUAUAAUUCGAGGCCACCUGAAACUGGGUUUUUCUGUGAACGGGGUGAUUAUGAUAGCUACUUUGGACGAUUUUUUUUGCACUGGUACACUCAGAUUUUGAUCGACCAUGCUGACAAUGUAUUAUCAUUAGCAAGCCUCGCAUUUGAGGGAACACAGAUAGUUGUCAAGAUUCCUGCAGUGUAUUGGUGGUACAAAACCCCUAGCCAUGCAGCAGAGCUUACCGCAGGUUACUAUAACCCCACAAAUCGGGAUGGAUACUCUCCGGUUUUUAAAGUUCUCAGAAAGCAUUCUGUUACAAUGAAGUUUGUUUGCCCAACAUCGCAUUUUCGGUGUCCGGAAAAUGAUGAGUCAUUUGCUUACCCUGAAGGUUUGAGUUGGCAGGUAUUAAAUGUGGCCUGGGACUGUGGUUUAUCUGUUGCCGGUCAAAAUGCAGAUCCAUGUUUUGACAGGGGCGAGCACAUAAGAAUGGUUGAAACUUCAAAGCCAAGAAAUGAUCCUGAUCAGCGCCAUUUUUCGUUCUUUGUGUAUCAGCUUCCAUCUCCUUUUGUCCAGAGAACAUAUUGUUUCACAGAGUUGAACUAUUUCAUCAAAAGCAUGCAUGGAGAAAACGGAUGUCAUCAAGAAGCUGCUUAACUUGAGCUUGACUGAACUGUUUGGAGCUUCUCCAUUGAAUUUGCUGUCAUUCUGUCAAUGCAUGCCAGCGAGCUCAGAGUUGGUGGGAAACUUGGUAUGAUUUGUACAUUGCUGCAAAGUUGAUGUAGUUCAAAGUGAUGUGAAACAGUGAAAGUAUAUUCUAGGGAAUGAAGUUGGGAUGGUAUUUGUGGCACAUUAUAUAGUGCUAUUCCAAGGGAUUACCGACAAUUUGUUGGCUUUGCA